UGUAGGCAUCGCGGUGGGGAACGGAGAUGGGAUCGCAUUGGGAACUUCGUCUUCCUCGCGUAAAGCCAGCCCCAUUCCGGCGCUGUCAUCCCGCCCUUUGCUAAUGGUAGAGGAGGAGGUCCCGAGCAAGAGAGUGAGUGAGAGAGUGAGUGAUAAUGAGGCCCCGGGGGGUUCAACACGGGACGUUUGACUGGUUGACGCGGCCUCUCUCGCCUUCCUUGAUGGCGGGGUAGAGAGCCAUUGAAAGAAAUGACUUUCUGGGCUUAGUAACGUGUGAGAAGUUAUUCCAAUGCGUCUGGUGUUGGUAUGUGCAUUGCAAAGAGUAGUGUGACAGGGAGGGAAGAGCGAGGGAAGAGGAAGGGGAGAGAGAGAGAGAGAGAGAGAGAGAGGGGGGAGGGGAGGGGGUUAUGGAGAUGCUGGAUCGUAUGGCAGCGUGGAGGAAUGUUGCAGCGGAGAUGUUGCUGAGAGAAGGUGGAGGUGAUGGUUUGUACGAGGUCUUGAUGUAGGGGUAGUAGGGUUUGAGAAGAGAAUAUGAGGCUAGAGGAUGAUCGGUAUCGUGUGAAGCAGCGGGAGGCAAUGGUGUUUCAGGGUGCGAGGGUGGAUCCUGGGGUAGAAUGGGGUUGGGGAGGAGAGGGUGUGGGUGGUAGAAGCAUGAAUAUUAGAUCAGGGACAGGGAAGCAGUUUUAUUUGGAGGAGCGGUUUCUGAUCAAUCCGAAGUUGCUCUUUGUUGGGCCUAAAAUCGGAGAAGGUGCGCACGGGAAGGUGUACGAGGGGAAGUACUUGGAUCAGAAAGUGGCAGUUAAGAUUUUACAGCCGACUGAAAAUCCUGACGACCAUGCUAAGAUGGUGGCGGGGUUUGUGCGGGAGGUUGCGAUGUUGGCAAGAGUUGAGCACAGGAACUUGGUUAAGUUUGUGGGAGCAUGCAUGGAGCCUGUGAUGGUUAUUGUUACCGAGCUCAUGGAAGGGCGAUCACUGAAGAAGUACAUGCUUGCAUUGCGGCCUACUUUGUUGGAUUUGAGGUGCUCGGUGAAGUUCGCUCUCGACAUCGCCCAGGCCAUGGACUGCUUACAUGUGAAUGGAAUCAUCCACCGAGACCUGAAGCCUGAUAACUUGCUGUUGACGGCAGAUCACAAAACUCUGAAAUUAGUGGAUUUUGGACUUGCCAGGGAGGAAACCCUCGCGGAAAUGAUGACCGCGGAGACGGGGACUUAUAGGUGGAUGGCGCCAGAGCUUUACAGCACUGUCACCCUCCGCCAUGGCGAGAAGAAACACUACAAUCACAAAGUGGACGUGUACAGUUUUGCAAUUGUGCUGUGGGAGCUGCUAGCUAAUAGGAUGCCGUUUGAAGGCAUGUCUAAUUUGCAAGCAGCCUACGCGGCAGCCUUCAAGAACACAAGGCCAGUUAUUCCUAAGGGUAUUCCUGAAGACCUUGUGUUCAUCCUCCAGUCGUGCUGGGCUGAGGAUCCUGAAGUGAGACCUAAUUUCGCGCAGAUAGUGAGAAUGCUGACCGCUUAUCUAAGCACUCUUCACGAUCCUGAGAAGGCGCUUCCUAGUACGCCGAAGAAAAAUGUUAGUAGUGACAAGAAGUCCGGGGCUACAGAGAAGAAAUCCUCGAAGUCGGGGAAAGUCUCCCCGAAGGUGGUAAAAAGUCCUCCGAAGGCGGGCAAGGAGUCGCCUAAGUCGGGGAAGGACUCGCCCAAGACGAAGUCCAAGCCUCUCCAGGAAACAGCUCCAGUAGUUGUGGUGGCUACCAAGGGCAACAGCCCCAAAAAGGACCCUACCUAUACCAAGUCGCGGAAAGAUGACCCCUUCUCUGAUACGGAACCAGCAGCUGAGAAGCCAAAGAGUAUGUUUCACUGCUUCAGUUCAUGCUCAUUCUGGGGAUUGUGUUGAAGUGAUGAUCCUUUUUUUAUUCGUCCAACCUUCUCAUUCGCGGCGCUUGUGACCUCUUGAUUCAACACCUUCUAUUUCGUUGAGUUCCUUCGCUGUUGCGAGAAGCUUACGUGGGGGUGUGAAGGAGUACAGCGCGUCGAAUGCGAGCAGUUAAGUGAGGAUACGAGACGACUAGAUCCUCUGAUAAUGAGGCAAUUGUGUCCCAUUUCAAUCAAAUCCAAGCAGACGUUUGUAAAAAAACUUCAAAGCCAGGGUGCACACCUUGUUACGUGCUUCCUUUGAGCUUCAUUGGUUUCUACCAUGCUUGUCUAUCCGGCAGCAAGUAUAUGAGGAGACGAGGUAAACUUGCCGCAAAGUGAUGGCCAUCUCUUCAUGGCACCGUAGCAUGCAGGCUUUUAGAUUAGGUACUAGCAGUAGAUCAUGUAUUAGACUUACUUCGUCGGCAGACAUGGAUGUUUCCGAUAUAUAUAUAUAUAUAUAUAUAUACAUUUCAGUGCUCCUUUUGGAUAUCAAUUUUUUUGGUUCAGGUUUCCUCAUACUUGUGUAGUUUUCUAUCUUUCACAAUUAUAAGUCGUCCCACCAUUCUAUAUGAA